UGUCCAAUGUUGCUUCUGCAUGUGUGAUUCGUCCGAAUCCGAAUUUCUGUCUGUCUGUAGUUAAUUGGAGUAUGGUUUGUGGCAACUUUGGUGGCAACAAUCUGCUAGAUUAUGGACGUGGAAAACUCUACUGAAAAUGGAACAUCCCAUUCGCCUAAAGAAGCCGCUGUAAACGGAUACUCCGAUAAACAUAAAUCAGAUAAAGACAAACAUAGAGAAAAAGAUCGCGACAAACAUAGGGAUAAGGAUCGCGACAAAGACAAGCAUCGUAGUAAAGAUCAUAAAUCUUCAAGUAAGGAUAAGGAAAAGGAUAGAGAAAAGGACAAAUAUUCCAGUUCAAAGGACAAACAUUCCAGUUCAAAAGAUAAACAUAGUUCACAUAAGUCCUCGAGUAAAGAUAAAGAUAGGGAAAGAGAGAAAGAGAAGGAUAAACAUAGGGAAAAAGAAAAAGAUAAGGACAAGCAGAGGGAUGAUAAAGAUAAAAAAUCAAGCUCCAGCUCAAAAGAUAAAGAUCACAAAAGCUCCAAGGAUAAAGAGCAUAAAUCGAGUUCUUCAUCGAAAGAUAAAGACAAGGAAAGGAGAGAUAAAGAUAAGGAGAGAGAACGUGAAAAGGACAGAAGUAAGGAUAGAUCGAAAGAUAAAGACAAGGAUAGAAAGCAUAGUUCGAGCAGUAGUUCAAAAGAUAAGCAUAGGGAUAAAGACAGACAUCAUUCAAGCUCUAAAGAUAAAGAUAGGAAAGAUAGAGAUAAAGAAAAAGAUAGAAAGGAGAAGAAAGAGAAAGAAAAAAGUUCAGAGGAUAUUGAAGUGAAAGUUAAAGAAUAUGUAGAGCCUGUUAAGCAAGAAGAAGCUAGUACUGAUGAUGACGAUGAUAAAUUGGUGAUAAAAGAUGAGCCCUACAGUCAGGAUGAAGCUGAAAAGGAGACUGAGAACCACAAUAACUUAUCACAAGCAUCAAGUUGUGAUUAUAAUAUGUCACAGUUUGACAAAAACGAAUCGUGUUUUGAAAAUUCCGAUGAAGAAAAGGUAAAAAAAGAAGAAGAGUCCCAGGAUGAAGAUUUCAAGCCUCCAAAAGAAGAACCCGAAGACAGCGAUGAAGAUGUGCCACUGGCGUCCCGGCUCGGUCACAAUAAAAGGAAGUUAGAGUCCGAUCCCGAAGAGGAUGACGACGACGACGUGCCUCUGAUGGCCAGGAAGAAGGUCAAGCAGGAAAAGAAGGAGGAAAAAAAGAAAAAGAAGAAGAAACGUGAAGAUUCGGAUAUUGAAGAUGAUUUCGAAGAGAAAAAAAAGAAAAAGGUCAAGAAAGAAAAGAAGGUGAAAGUUGAGGUGAAACAAGAAGAAAGUCCUAAAAAAGGCGGUAGGAAGAAGAAAGAAGAGGAACAGCAAGAAGUAUGGAAAUGGUGGGAAGAGGAGAAGAAAGAUGACGGAGUGAAGUGGAACUUUUUGGAACAUAAAGGUCCAGUUUUUGCGCCUCCAUACGAACCAUUGCCAAGUAACAUUAAGUUUUUCUAUAACAGUAAAGAAAUGAAACUCAGCGAGGACGCCGAAGAAAUCGCUGGUUUCUAUGCCAAAAUGUUGGAUCACGAUUACACCACUAAAGAAGCAUUUAAUAAGAACUUUUUCCAUGACUGGAGGCGUGCCAUGACAGAUAAAGAGCGCAGUAUUAUCACAGACUUACAAAAAUGCAAUUUUAAACAGAUGCAUGCUUAUUUCAUGGAGUUAGCCGAGAAGAACAGGAAUAAAACAAAAGAGGAAAAAUUAGCUCUGAAAGAAAAGAACGAAGCCAUGCUGAAGGAAUAUGGAUUUUGUACAAUCGAUGGGCACAAAGAGAAAAUUGGCAACUUUAAAAUUGAACCUCCUGGUUUAUUCAGAGGCAGAGGGGAACAUCCAAAAAUGGGUAAAUUAAAGAAAAGAGUCGAAGCCGAGGAUAUUAUUAUAAACUGUAGCAAGGAUUCUGAUAUCCCUGUGGCGCCCAAGGGGCACAAAUGGAGAGAAGUUAGGCACGAUAACAAAGUUACCUGGUUGGCUUCAUGGACUGAGAAUGUACAAAACCAAGUGAAAUACAUUAUGUUGAAUCCCAGCUCUAAAUUAAAAGGUGAAAAGGAUUGGCAAAAAUACGAGACAGCAAGAAAGCUACACCAAAGAGUUGACAAAAUCCGACAAAACUACCAAGCCGAUUGGAAAUCUAAAGAAAUGAAAGUGAGACAACGAGCAGUAGCACUGUACUUCAUUGACAAGUUGGCGUUGAGAGCUGGUAACGAAAAAGAUGAAGAUCAAGCGGAUACCGUGGGUUGUUGUUCGUUGCGUGUUGAGCAUAUCGAACUGCAUGAAGAAAAAGAUGGCAAAGACUAUGUAGUCGUCUUUGAUUUUCUCGGUAAAGAUUCCAUUAGGUACUAUAACGAAGUACCUGUAGAAAAAAGAGUUUUUAAGAACUUACAACUCUUCAUGGAAAACAAAAAAGACGGAGACGACUUAUUUGACAGGUUGAAUACGUCAGUGAUGAACAAGCAUUUGAACGAUUUGAUGGAAGGCCUGACGGCCAAGGUGUUCCGUACUUACAAUGCCUCCUGGACAUUGCAACAACAAUUGGACAUGCUAACCAAUGAAGAUGAUACUGUAGCAGAGAAAUUGUUGGCUUAUAACAGAGCUAAUAGGGCUGUGGCAAUCCUGUGUAACCAUCAAAGGGCUGUACCAAAGGGUCACCAGAAGUCCAUGGAAAAAUUGAAAGAGAAGAUUGAAGCCAAGAGAGAUCAGAUUAGGGAAGCCGAGAGACAGGUGAAAGAUGCGCAGAAGGAUGCCAAACGUGGCAGUGUCAAAGAAAAAGUUGUGUAUGACAAGAAGAAAAAGAUGUUGGAGAGGAUGAAGGAACAAUUGAACAAACUAGAAAUUCAGGAAACUGAUCGUGAUGAGAACAAAACCAUCGCUCUGGGCACCUCCAAACUGAACUAUCUGGACCCCAGGAUAUCGGUGGCGUGGUGCAAGAAGUACGAGGUCCCCAUCGAGAAGAUUUACAACAAGACUCAGCGUGACAAGUUCAGGUGGGCUAUCGACAUGGCGGGACCCGACUAUAGAUUCAAUGAGAUUGAUCAAUAAGAAAUCAAACCUUUGAUCAAUUUUAACAUAGGAGGAAAACAGAUUUUUCCACAAUUACUACUUCUUUCAAGUAAAGGCCGACGAGAAAAUGACUUGAAACAGCGCCGAAAAUUUCCAAAGAUAGAUAUUUUUUAUAGUAUUGAAAAAUUGUGAUUUAGAUGCUGAAUUUUUUGGUCGGGAGAUCUCAUUUUUUAUCGAAUUUAUUUUAAAGGGUUGAGCUUUUUCGAGUCAUUUUUCGGAGUCUCACGGACAUUUUGUAUGCAAUCUCCCAUCUGUGUCUAACGUCGUCGUGUCACAAAAACGGUAAUUUUUUUUAUUAAAACCAUUGCAAUUCGUGAAGGGGUCAAUUUAUCAAAUUAGAACCAAUUUCAUACAAUUUAUUUAUUUUACAUUGAAUGUUUGUUUAUAUACAUAUAGAGAGCGAUUUAUUUCCAUUAUAUUGGAAAAAUUUAAACAUUUUAUUUUUAAAAUAAUCCGUUUUAUAACUUGUCCCCUUCUGUACCCCCCUCCAUUCUUAGGAACCAAUUUAGUAUGUUUAAGAGUUAAAUUAUUGGAGCUAGUGUGAUUUUGGAAUUUUACAGAGCUGACAUAUGUCUAUUGUAAGUGUUUUUUGAAUGGGUCAAAUCAUUGUACAAACCUAAAUAAAAUGAUACCAAACGAUGAAA